UGAGAUUUAAAAUGUUUAUAAGUUUGGUGAUACUAGUUCUUCAUCUUAAUGGAUUUUCUGGAUUAAAAAGUAAAUAUGGUGAUAGCAGGCCUAAUAUAAUUGUAAUACUAGCAGAUGAUUUAGGUGUAAACGAUGUAUCCUGGAACAAUAAAACAGCUGGAACUCCUUAUCUAGAAAGGCUGGCUAGGAAGGGAGUUAUAUUAGACAACAUGUACACAUUACCUAUCUGUACACCUUCAAGAGCUGCUUUUCUUACAGGAAUAUGUACUGCAAUUUAGAUAUUAUGUUCUGUAAUUUAGAGAAUAUGUCCUGCAAUUCAGAGAAUAUGUACUGUA